UGUAUCAAAAUCAAGCUUCUUACAUCGCGAUUCAUCCUGGUUCUAUUAGAAUGACAAGGAAGCUGUUAUAUUCCCAAACAUGAAAACUGGGUAUCACCUGAUUUGAAAGUGGGAUAGCUUCUUCAUCCUAACUCCUAUGAGAUUUAUUCAACUUCCUAGUGAUUCUCCAUUACUUUAUAUAUCAAAAUCAAGCUUCUUACCGUUGAGAUGAGGAGAUGAGGAGUGGAUACAUUGAUAGAGGAAGAGUAUUGGGGUAGUCAGUAACUUUAGGAUUUACCACAGUAACUUUAGUUUUACUGUGGUAACUAAAGUGAGAAGAAGAGAAGUUACCUGGAUGGGUUAAAUUGGAGUCUAACUGAUGUUAAUUCUUUCUUAUCCUGAGUGAGACGUUGGAAGAGGAUAAGGAAGGAUAAGGGAUCACUUUGACAGCCUGUAUGAUGCUGGAAAGGAGAGGAUGCUUUUACACUAGUGCAAGCAUGUGAGAAAGCACAGCCAAGUGAUUCAAAAGGAGUUCCAGCCUGUCCUUUGACUCCACAUGCUUAUGCAUUUCGAAAACCCUUGUUGCUCUCUCUAUAUAUACUUGUAAACCUCAUCAGUUAUUAAUCAAUGGAGUUUUGAGUAUUCUCUCUCUACUUAUUCUCUUAAUCUCUUUAAUCUUACACAAGACAGUAUGAUUGUUCUUAAACUUGUUUAGAAACACUCUAAUACACAAAAGUGUAUAUGGUAUCAGAGCCAGGUUGCUUUAAAAGGAGAGAGUGAUUUCGUUUUUCUUGAGUGUUCUUGAGUGUUCUUGAGAGUUCUUGAGAUUUUUCAAGAGCUAGAUCCUUUAAAACUCAAGUUUGUGUCUGUUGGUGUUCUUUUGGAGAGUCAGCUUCAAGGGAGUCCUUUUAGGUGUUUGACAAGGUCAGAAGAGGGGUCUAGCUUGUGGUUAAGCUUGGCGUGUGAGAUUAGAAGCAUUUGAGGGAAGAUCUAGGCUAAAGAAAAUGGAGCUGCUUCAAUCUGGUACAACAAGGCGUGAAGAGAAGAAAGAGAGAGGGAUUGAGUGGGGGUGGUUCUCACAAAUGAAAACAACUCUGAAAAGGUGUGGAGUUUGGAGAAACCAUGAGAAGGAAGAGUCUUUGAAGGGUAAAGCUGCUGAGAAAGAUCAGACAGCAAGAGAAACAAGUGGAAAUUGCUUUAGUCUUGAAGAAAGUACACUGCUUGAGAAGAUUGAAGAUGUUUAUGAGAACAAGAUCAAUCUUAGGAGAGUGUAUGAAGUCAAGAAGGUGAUCAGUGGAGUUAAGCAAGGAAGAUAAGAGUUCAAUAACCAUGUGAGGAAGCUACAACACUUGUGGGUUGAACUACAAGGGUUGAGAUCCCAUGUGGAUGGGGAUGCUGCACCAGAGCAAGAGAUGGUCUUGAAGCUCUUGGCGAGCAUGGAGUCAUCAUAUGGGUGGCUGGUGGAUAUGGUUCUAAGAGGGGAACAGCUUCCGGAAAUGGAAGAGAUCUGUGUGCUUAUAAGAAGGGCGUAUGAGGUAAUGAGAGAUGAUGAGAGGCUAACCAUGAGUAGGAGUGAGAGCUCAUGGAAGCCAACUGGGAGUAGGAGUGAGAGCUUCCAGAAGCUAACCAUGAGUAGGAGUGAGGGCUCAUGGAGGCUAACCGGGAGUUGGAGUGAGGGCUUCUGGAAGAGAAGGAGGUGCAGAAUGCUAUCCAAAGCUUAUAUCAACAUAAGAAAGGGUAGGAAGAGAGUUGUGGGAGAGUGUUCUUACUCAGCCUACAUGGGGGAAUCAGUAGAGGACAGUGGGGUGUUAAAAGAGCAGGAGAAAGGGAGUGGAGCUGAUGAUCGCAUCACCAGGAAGGAAUGGAGAGUGUUCAUGGAACAUGUACAAGCCUUAGCAGCAAAUUGGGACAUCCUCAUGCUAGGGCAAUUGAAUUGA